GAUGGGUCGGCCGCAGUGCCGCAGUGGCGAACCGCGUGGAAGUGAGACAAGAGGCCCUGCCCGCUUCCACCAACAGCCACUAGCCACCAGCACCACCAGCACCACCAGCACCACCGCCCCGUCAAGGAGUCCGUCCCGUCCCCGCAACAAGCAACCCCCGCAACCAGACUUACCCCAUCUGCCACUCGAGCUGCUUGGACCGCUACACGAUGGCGCCGCCGGCCUGUGAGCCUCUGCCCAAAGACGGCAUCCCCGCCGCCAUCCGCAAUGGCAUGCGGCUCGCCAGGCCCGCCCCCGGCGAGGAGGUGGUCAUCGCCGGCCUGGCGGGCAUGCUCCCCGACUCGGACAACGUGUACGAGUUCCGGGACAAACUGUACAACAAGGUGGACUUGGUGUCGGACGACGACCGCCGCUGGAAACUCGACCACCCCGAGAUCCCCCAGCGUACCGGCAAGAUCAACAAUGUCGGCAAGUUCGACGCCGCCUUCUUCGGCAUCCACUACAAGCAGGCCCACGCCAUGGACCCCAUGUGCCGGCUGCUGCUGGAGAAGUCGUACGAGGCCAUUGUGGACGCGGGCCUGAACCCCCAGAGCCUGUACGGCACCAAGACGGGCGUGUUCAUCGGGGCGUGCUUCUCCGAGUCGGAGAAGACCUGGUUCUACGAGAAGCUGGAGGUGAACGGUUUCGGCAUAACGGGAUGCUCGCGCGCCAUGCUGGCCAACCGCAUCUCGUACUGGCUGGGCGUCAACGGCCCCAGCUACACCGUGGACUCGGCCUGCUCGUCCUCGCUGUACGCCCUGGAGCACGCCUACAAGUCCAUCCGCGACGGCCACUGCGACGCGGCCAUCGUCGGCGGCUGCAACUUGUGCCUGCACCCUUACGUGUCCCUGCAGUUCUCCCGUCUCGGAGUCCUGUCCCGCGACGGCACCUGCAAGUCCUUCGACGAGAACGCUAACGGCUACUGCCGCUCCGAGGCAAUCGUCGUCAUUUUCCUGCAGAAGUCCAAGGACGCCAAACGCGUCUACGCCAACCUAGUGCACGCCAAGACGAACUGCGACGGCUACAAGGAGCAGGGCAUCACGUACCCCUCCGGCCAGAUGCAGCAGCGGCUGCUGGAGGAGUUCUACCAGGAGUGCGGCGUCGACCCCCGCACGCUGGGCUUCGUGGAGGCCCACGGCACGGGCACCAAGGUCGGCGACCCCGAGGAGCUGGCCGCCCUCGACACAGUGUUCUGCACGGGCCGCAAGGACCCGCUGUGGAUCGGCUCCAUCAAGUCGUCCAUCGGCCACUCGGAGCCCGCGUCCGGCCUGUGCUCCGUCACCAAGUGCAUCAUCUGCAUGGAGACCGGCAAGCUGGUGCCCAACAUCCACUUCCACAACCCGCGCAAGGGCGUCAAGGGCUUCGAGGAGAACCGCAUGCGCGUGGUGACCGACGCGACGCCCUGGCCCGGCGGCCUCAUCGGCAUCAACUCGUUCGGCUUCGGCGGCGCCAACUGCCACGUGCUCAUCAAGUCCAACACCAAGGAGAAGGUGAACGGCGGCCAGCCCAAGGACGGCAUCCCCCGCGUGGUGGCCGUGUCGGGCCGCACCCACGAGGCCAUCGAGACCAUCCUCAACGACGCCGAGUCACGCCCCGUGGACGCCGAGUUCGUCCGCCUGCUGCACGACAUCCACGCCGAGGAGAUCCCCGGCCACCUCUACCGCGGCUACACCGUGCUCGGCGCCGAGGAGAAGUACCGCGACAUCCAGUUCUUCCCCGGUGAGCCCCGGCCGGUGUGGUUCGUGUUCUCCGGCAUGGGCUCGCAGUGGCCCGCCAUGGCCGCGUCGCUGAUGCAGCUGCCCGUGUUCGCCGCGGCCGUGGAGCGCUGCCACCAGACCCUGCAGCCCAAGGGCGUGGACGUCAUCAAGAUCCUGUCCUCCCGCGACGCGCACACGUUCGACAACAUCCUCAACUCGUUCGUGGGCAUCGCGGCGGUGCAGAUCGGCCUGGUGGACGUGCUGCGCUGCGUGGCCAUCGAGCCCGACCGCAUCAUCGGCCACUCGGUGGGCGAGCUGGCGUGCGCCUACGCCGACGGCUCCUUCACGGCCGAGCAGACCAUCCUGGCCGCCUACUACCGCGGCCUGGCGUCCCUGGAGACGGACUUCCAGCGCGGCGCCAUGGCCGCCGUGGCGCUCGGCUACCAGGACAUCAAGCCCCUGUGCCCGCCCGACGUCGAGGUGGCCUGCCACAACUCGGCCGACUCGUGCACCGUGUCCGGCCCCGCCGAGGUGGUGCGCACCUUCAUCGCGGACCUCGCCAAGAAGGGCGUGCUGGCCAAGGAGGUCAACUGCUCCAACAUCGCGUACCACUCGCGCUUCGUGGCCAAGGCCCUGCCCCGGCUGCGCAAGUACCUCGACCAGGUGAUCCCCUCGCCCGCGCCGCGCUCGCAGCGCUGGCUGUCCACGUCGGUGCCCGAGAAGGACUGGAACUCGCCCGCCGCGCGCCUCAGCUCGGCCGAGUACCACAGCAACUCCCUCGUGAACCCCGUGCUCUUCGAGGAGGUGCUGCGCCACGUCCCCGAGGACGCGCUGCUCAUCGAGAUCGCGCCAGCGCCCAUCCUGCUGGACGUGCUGCGCCGCGCCAUGCCCGAGGACGCCGUCGUCCUGCCCCUCACCCAGCGCGACAGCCCCGACGCCACCUCCAACCUGCUCGCCGCGCUCGGAAAGACCUUCAUCGCCGGCUGCCAGCCCAAGCUGCACAAGCUGUACCCCGACGUCGAGUUCCCCGUGAGCCGCGGCACCCCCAUGAUCUCGCCGCUGGUGCGCUGGGAGCACAGCGAGGACUGGUACGUCACCUCGUACCGCAUGCAGGAGAAGAUCAAGUCCGGGGAGCGUACCGUCAUCAUCAACGUCAACGACGAGGAGCAGGAGUACUACACCGGCCACGUCAUCGACGGCAGGAACCUCUUCCCCGCCACCGGCUACUUGGACCUGGUGUGGGAGACGGUGGGGCUGAUGCGAGGAGAAAUCUACACCGACAUGAACAUCGUGUUCGAGGACGUGAGGUUCCACCGCGCCACCAACAUCAGCAAGGACGGCAACAUCGAGUUCAUCGUGAUGGUGCAGAAGGCCUCCGGCAACUUCGAGGUGGUGGAGGGCGGCGCCGCCAUCGUGACGGGCCGCGUGUACGUGCCCGAGGACGUGGACAAGGAGAUGGUGGACCUGCCGCCGCCAGAGAAGCCCUCCGGCAAGGACCUCAUCGACCUGAAGGGCCGCGACGUGUACAAGGAACUCCGCCUGCGAGGCUACAACUACAGCGGCCUGUUCCGCAGUGUCGUCGACAUCGACAACCUCGGCUCCACCGGCAAGAUCGCCUGGCACAACAACUACGUCGCCUUCAUGGACAACAUGCUGCAGCUGCAGAUCUUGCACGCGGACACCCGCGGCCUGUUCGUGCCCACGUCCCUUCAGAAGCUGGUCAUCGACGCCAAGGCGCACUCCGAGGCCGUGGCGGCCGCCUCGGCCACCCUGGAGGAGGGCAAGACCCCCGAGCUGUUCGCCUACGUGAUCCCCGAGAUCGAAAUGAUCCGCGCUGGCGGCGUGGAGGUGCGCGGCCUCAAGGCUAGCGCCAUCCAGCGGCGCAAGGCCCUGGGCGAGCCCGUGCUCGAGACCUACCAGUUCCUGCCCCACACCACCGCGCCCGCGGACCGCCCGCUGGACCGCAAGACGGCGCUGCGCUUCGCCGUGCACGUCGCCAUGGAGUCCGUGCAGAACAUCAAGCUCAAGACGAUCGAGGUGGUGGACAGCGAGAGCCGCGCGGCCGAGGGCCUGCUCACGCCCAUCAUGGCCGAGAUCCUGGGCGACCUGCCGCUCAUCCAGGCCGAGCUGCAGGUCCUGGCGCCCGCCGACCACCCCCUCAUCCCCGAGGACCUCCCCUCCAACAUCAACGUGGAGGACAAGAAGCUGGCCAGCGAGCAGGGCGCCAUCGUGGUCAUGGCGACCGACGUCAGCAGCCGCACCGAGCUGCUGCAGGCCGCGAUGGCCAGCGUCCUGGAGGGCGGCUUCAUCCUGUCGCGCGAGAAGCCCGGCGCCACCAUCGUGGACGGCAUCGAGGUGUGCGUGGACCAGACCUACCGCGAGGACGACCACGAGGAGCGCCUCGUGCUGCUGCGCAAGAGCGUGCCCCUCAAGGAGGCGCCCAUCGUCAUCAACAUCACCCAGACGCACUUCGACUGGCUGGAGCAGCUCAAGGAGGUCAUGAAGGACGAGAAGAGCACCAAGAAGGUUAUCGUGGUGGCGCAGGGCGAGCCGGAGAACGGCAUCAUCGGCCUGGUCAACUGCAUCCGCAAGGAGCCGCCCACCGGCGACCGCUGCCGCGGCGUGUUCAUCGUGGACAAGAACGCCCCCGCCUUCGCGCUGGACCACCCGCUGUACGCGGCGCAGCUCCGCAAGGACCUGGCCACCAGCGUGCUCAAGGACGGGCUGUGGGGCAGCUACCGCCACCUGCCCAUGCCCCCCAACGCCCUCAUCACCGUGCCCCACGCCUACGUCAACGUGGGCCUGCGCGGUGACCUCAGCACCCUCAAGUGGUUCGAGGGCAGCAUCGACCCGUCCAAGCCCAUCCACCUGAACCCCGACCAGGAGUUCGUGCACGUGUACUACUCGGCGCUCAACUUCCGUGACAUCAUGACGGCCACGGGCAAGCUGGCCACCGAGGUGGCGGCGCACGGCCGCCUCAACCAGGAGUGCGUGCAGGGCCUGGAGUUCGCCGGGCGCACGCGCGAGGGCCGCCGCGUCAUGGGCAUGAUGUCGCGAGGCGCGCUCAGUAACAUGAUCAUCUGCGACAAGACGCUCAUCUGGGACGUCCCCGACGACUGGAGCCUGGAGGACGCCGUCACCAUCCCCGUCGUCUACGGCACGUCGUACUUCGCGCUGCAGCGGGCGGCGCGCAUGCAGAAGGGCGAGACCGUCCUGGUGCACGCGGGCUCGGGCGGCGUCGGCCAGGCCGCCAUCAACAUCGCGCUGCACGCGGGCUGCAUCGUCUACACCACCGUCGGCACGCCCGAGAAGCGCGAGUUCAUCAAGAAGCGCUGGCCCCAGAUCACCGACGCGCACAUCUUCGACUCGCGCUCGUGCUCCUUCGAGCAGGACGUGAUGACGGCCACCAACGGCCGCGGCGUGGACAUGGUGCUCAACUCGCUGGCCGAGGAGAAGCUGCAGGCCUCGGUGCGCUGCCUGGCGCACGGCGGCCGCUUCCUGGAGAUCGGCAAGUUCGAUCUGGCCAACAACAACCCUCUGGGCAUGGAGAUGUUCCUCAAGGAGACCUCCUUCCACGGCAUCAUGUUGGACAACCUGUUCGAGGCCACCCCCGAGGAGAAGCUGGAGGUGCACCAGGUGGUCAAGGACGGCAUGCUGGCCGGCGGCGUGCGCCCGCUCACCCGCGAGGUGUUCCCCCAGGACCGCGUCGAGGAGGCCUUCCGCUUCAUGGCGGCCGGCAAGCACAUCGGCAAGGUGGUGAUCAAGAUCCGCGACGAGGAGGAGCAGCGCCUGGCCAAGCCGCAGCAGUGCCCCAUGCAGGCCGCGCCGCGCUUCUUCUGCCACAAGUCCGCCUCCUACGUGGUGUGCGGCGGCCUGGGCGGCUUCGGCCUGGAGCUGGCCGACUGGCUGGUGCUGCGCGACUGCCGCAAGCUGGUGCUCACCUCCCGCACCGGCAUGCGCACCGGCUACCAGGCCCUGCGCAUCCGCACGUGGCGCUCGUACGGCGUCGAGGUGGUCAUCUCCACGGCGGACAUCACCACGGAGAGCGGCUGCCGCCAGCUGCUGGAGGAGGCCAACAAGCUGGGCCCGGUGCUGGCCAUCUUCAACCUGGCCGUGGUGCUGCGCGACGCCAUGCUGGACAACCAGAACGCGGCCGAGUUCCAGACGUCGCACGGCCCCAAGGCGGACGCGACGCGCCACCUGGACAAGCUGACGCGCACCCUGUGCCCGCAGCUGGAGCACUUCGUGUGCUUCUCGUCGGUGUCGUGCGGCCGCGGUAACGCCGGCCAGACCAACUACGGCAUGGCCAACUCCGUGAUGGAGCGCAUCUGCGAGCGGCGGCGCGCCGAGGGGCUGUGCGGCCUGGCCGUGCAGUGGGGCGCCAUCGGCGAGGUGGGCCUGGUGGCCGAGAUGCAGGAGGAGCACACCGAGCUGGUCAUCGGCGGCACGCUGCAGCAGCGCAUCUCGUCCUGCCUGUACGUCCUCGACAGCUUCCUGCGGCAGCCCUGCGCCGUCGUGGCCUCCAUGGUGGUGGCCGAGAAGCGCGCGGGCUCCGGCGCGGGCGGCAACGUGGUCGACGCCGUCGUCAACAUCCUGGGGCUGCGCGACCUCAAGACCGUCUCGCUGCACUCGACGCUGGCCGAGCUCGGCAUGGACUCGAUGAUGGCCGUGGAGAUCAAGCAGACCCUGGAGCGCGAGUUCGAGGUGUUCCUCACCGCGCAGGACAUCCGGUCCCUCACCUUCGCCAAGCUGCAGGAAAUCGCCAAGGCCACGGCAGAGGAUGGCCCGAAGAAGGAGAAAGUAAUCUCGCCCUCGGAGCUGCGUGAGGAGGCCCUACGCUUCCUCAUGAGGUCCAUCGGCACCGAGGACAUGGCGCAGGAGCCCAUCGUCACGUUGCCGAGCAAGGCGCCCAAGGGGAACGUCGCCCCCAUCUUCCUGGUCCCCGGAAUCGAAGGUAUGGCUGUGAUGCUGAAAUCGCUGUGCGAGAACCUCAAGUCGCCGACGCUGGUGCUGCAGCUCCCCUACAACGACGACAAGAAGACCACCAUUCACGACUUCGCCAGCACCAUCUACAAACACAUCAAGGCCCACCUCGCGCCCGGGGCGCCCUUCAGACUGGUGGGCUACUCGUUCGGCGGCGUGGUCUCGUGCGAGCUGACGCGCAUGCUGGAGCGGGACGGCCACAAGGGCGAGCUGGUGCUGCUGGACGGCGCCCCCGCCGGCAUGCAGGCCAUGACGUCGUCCUGGAUCAGCGAGGACAACAACACCACCGAGCUGGAGAUCGCCGUGCUCAUGGGACUGCUGCUGGAGCUCAAGAUCGUACCCCCACCAAAGCUCCGAGAGGACCUCAUGAAGAUGCCGACGUGGGACGCGAGGCUGGAGCACUUCCUGGCCAUCACGCCCAACACGCCCGGCUACAGCAAGGAGCACAAGAAGAACGCGUGCGUGUCCUUCCUGCACCGCUCCGUGGCCGUCAACAACUACCAGGCCGCGCCGGAGAAGAUCCAGACGACGGUGACCCUGGUCAGGCCGAACGUCAUCACCUUCAAGCACGACGCGGACGACUACGGCCUCUCCGCGAUGUUCCAACAGGAGAAGAUAGCCGUCCACUUCGUCGACGGCGACCACAACUCGAUGCUGGACAACGUGGAGACGGCCAACAUAAUCAACAACGUGUUCGAGGGCGUGUCCGCAGACAGCGGCAAGACGCAGUGACAGUGACGCGAGGGCACGGCGUCGUAGGGAUGAACUUUCCAGAGCCAGUUGGCUCGACCAGUGCGAGUGUGACCAGUGACCAGUCUGCGGUGUCAUUCCCCAAGAAGGAAGAGAGGGCGGCCACGACGGAUCUCAGGGAUCCUGGACGAUUGUACACCAGAGUCAUUAGUCCUGGCAGUUGAAACGCCCAGACCGCGCGCCAUCAAGGACAUCAUGGACCAAAUGCCAGCCGACCCCUCUUCGCUCCUUCGACCCGAAGGAGGCCACUUUCCGUGGGACUGCUGCAGCUGCCAAAUUUCAAAUUCUAACUUCUGUUUUUUUUUUCAAAGUGAAAUAUUAGAUUAGAAAUCACCGAAUCAAAACUUUACACUGUACUCGCAGCUUGUAAAAGAUUUCUUAAAUAAGACUUUCUGCCUGUAACAGAUUGCAGGUCAGCAGACGGGCCUCAAAUUUUAAUUUAUGUGUGCGACUUGUCAAUGGAUUGCAGGCAAGAAUGGCUUGUACUAAUAAAUUAUUUUUAUUUAA